AUGGGUUGGCCCUACCGCUUCAUAGACCUUUCAACUGAAGAGGUCCAGCUUCGCAGAGAAACACUAGACCGCUAUGGCGCCUAUGCUCAUUACUCGGCCUUGGCACCAAUCGUCCUGGCCUUGCUCGUCCGCCUUGGAUCCUAUCUCCGACGACGCUGGCAGCAGAGUGCCGCCUACGACGCCGUCCCCGACUCGCCUGUCUUGAAAGAGAGAAGACAGAGCUGGAGCGGCAACUUGGAGGCCAAAAUCCGGAAGGGCAAGUGGUGGCUGGACGAUGAUGUCUACUUCAUGGGUCAGCACUGGGGGCAGAAAGACCAGUGGGUCUUUGGUUUGGCUUGGGCCUCAUGGCUACUUGUUCUGAGUGUAUUGGAGACGGGUGAUGACUACCUCCAUAUCACCAAGCGUUUCGGCAUCAUCGUCGCCUCCCAGAUUCCAUUCCAGUAUCUCCUGGCGUUGAAGAGCUUCAGCCCCAUCGCCAAGGUUUUCGGCACAUCCCACGAGGAGCUCAAUAAGUGGCACCGCGUCCUCUCCCGCGUGACGCUCUCCCUUCUCGUGUUGCACGUCAUGUUCUACCUGAACUUCUUCGUUGCAAAGGGCCUCGUUCAAAAGCGCCUCUUCGCGCCUAUUGUAUUCGCCGGCGUCGUCGCCUUUGCAACCAUGAACAUGAUGACCUCAACCGCCGCCGCCGCAGUCCGUAGGUACUCCUACCGAAUCUUCUUUGUGACCCAUCUUGUAGGCGCCUUCGCCGUCCCGCCGCUCGUCUUCUUCCACGCCAAGUCAGCCCGCCUCUUCAUGGCCAAGGCCCUCGUCGUCUUCCUCAUCGACAUUGUUGUCCGCCGUCUCCGCACCGUCACGGCACCCUCUAAGCUUGAGACCGUCCCCGGAACGAACUUGGUCAAAAUUUCGGCCUCCAUCCCCCAGGACAAGGUUAAUGCUUUCUGCGCCCGUCCGGGUUCCCACAUCUAUCUCAGCGUCCCUCCCGCAGCGCGGUCCGGCGCCGGUCCAAUGUCCUCAAAGGCCAUGCUAUUCGAGUUCCUCUUCAACCCCUUCACCGUGGCUGCCGUCGACGAAGAGGCCGGUAAUCUCACCCUGGUAGCUCGCGAACUCGACGGGCCUUUGACAAAACAUCUCGGCCGCUUCGCCAACGCGGGCACCGGCACCCACGACAACAAAGUUCCGCUAUGCCUCGAGGGCCCCUACGGCGCCGCAUCUCUUCAUUUUGACAAGCUCAUCAGCCAUUCCGUCGACCGCGUCCUGCUCAUAGCCGGCGGGGUAGGCGCAACAUUCACCAUCCCCAUCUAUCAGGCCAUCCUCCAGGACAAUCCCAACACCAAGGUCGACCUCGUCUGGUCUGUCCGCAGUGCGGGCGACGUGACCUGGGCCAUGUCAGCCGGCAAGUCCACCAAGAGCGUCCUCGAUGACCCUAACGUCCAAAUUUACUACACUGGCGACGCCCUCGACUCGGACGCCACGGGCCCCAUGGCCGGCCUCCCCGCCGAGACAAACCCUGAGGGCGAGAUGGAGAUGAGCGCCAUUUCAUCGCCCGGCCCCAGUAGGAACCGCCUUACGAGCCAGCAACACCGUAAGCGUCCGGACCUGCGUAAGAUCAUCGACGACGUCUUCAAGAAGGGCGCCGAGGAGAGAAUCGCCGUGCUCGUGUGCGGGCCUUCCGCGAUGGGGCGGGAGGUGCGCGAGUAUGUCGGCGCGUGGGUCAUGAGGGGCCGCGAGGUGGUGUGGCACAACGAGGGCUUUGGGUGGUAG